GGAACAGAUUGCAGGGCAGAGGCCAGGCCUGGGUCUCUGGCCAAAGGGGCACAGCAAAGGAGAAACCGGGCAACAUCUAAGAUUGGGAGAGAGCGUGCACCAGGGGCUGCAGGGGUGGCGGAAGGAGGAAUAAGCAGGUCCAGAACUGGGCGAGGGGCUGGAGCCAACAGGACGAUUCGGAAGAGGUGGGCAUCAAGGCAAAGAAGAGGACACAGGUUGGAGGAGAUCGGAGGCCGGAGUGACAGCUGACUGGGAGUAGAAGGCAGAGAUGGGAGCCCAGCCAAGAAAUAAAUCCUGGAUGGGUGAGGGCUCCUCGCCUCUGUGGGCAGUGGUGGGCUCCACAGGUUGGCCUGUCGGCCAUUUCUGCCUCUCCGCCUGCCUCUUCCUGGUAGAGUUGGUGGCCAGCCGGGUGACCGGCUCACUGCUCCUGCUUUCCUGCGCAUUCCACACCCUGGGAGGUGCGCUGGCUCUUGCUGUGGCCUUGACCGAUGCCUGGCUGGCGACCGGAGGACACCCCAGUCGGAGGAAUACCUUCGGGUGGGUGCGAGCCCGCAUUGCGGGCACCCUGGCCAGCGCCGUCUUCCUGAGCGCCCUGUGCCUUGCGCUCCUGCCCGAGGCGCUCCGCAGGGUGGCCGAUCCACACGUCACACAGCAUGCGUUGGCUCUGAUGGGGAUCGGGGCCGUGGGGAUCCCGAUCCACCUUGCCAGGGUGGGACUGCGUGGCCAGCAGCCCCAAGACCCGGGCACCAGUCCGUGCUGCAGCAGGAGGAGGGUGACCAAAGGAGACAGCUGUGCCCAGGAGAUGGAAGGUGAGUUCGUGCAAAGGAGUGACUGGGGAGCAUCGGGACCGGCGGGGCGGAGGGCAGGCAGCCCAAUGGAAGGCAGAAUCAGGGCCAGUAACAGAUGGAGUCAAGAGCCCGCAUUCUCUUCCCUGCUGAGUUCUACAACGACAACAUUCAGACUGAGGAGGAGGAAGAAGCUGGCAGGUUGUGGCACCCUCUGGGUUGGUUGUAAGAAAUUAAGACGGGCAGGUAUGGCUGGUAGGGGGCAGACUGAGGUGGGUGGGGCAGUGCCCCAAUUGCCCUAAUGAAUCAGCCUGUACUGUGAGUGAGGGGGGCAGGGAAGGAGAGUAGGAAGAAACGAAUGGACUGUCUCAUGUAUAGGCAAUGUGGUGCCCUCUGCAUGUUCUUGGACUCCAACUCCCAUCAUCCCUGACUGUUGGCUAUGCUGGUUGGGGCUGAUGGGAGCUGGAGUCCAGCGAUCUGUGUAAGGCACCAUGUUGGCUACACUCGGGCUAUCAAAUCCUGGGGUGGAGAACCUCCAAAUGUGUCUUGGACUUCAGCUCCCAUCAGCCCCAGCCAGCAUCGCCACUGACCUGGGGGCAAUGGGAAUUGGAGUCCAGCAGCAUCUGGAGGGCCACAGGUUCCAAUCCAGUAGUUCAAAAAUUGGAAACCUUAAGGAAAAUAACAAGGUUAAUGCUCUAAAGACGUUUCUGAUGACGGCUGAAGAGGCAAGCUGUGCUUAUUAGGGAAAAUGGCUUGCCUCUUCCACAGUAGAGGUACCUGCAGUGAAGGAUAGGGCUGAUCAGCACAGCCAGCCAGGAUAGCCAAAUGGCACCUCCAUAUUCAGAGGCAAUCUGCUCUCAACUGCUGUGGAGAAACAACCAGGGAAGGUUAUUGGCUUCUCAGAGGCUUCAGGCAGUUUUUUUUUGGAAUAGUGCUGGCUCAGAUAGACCUUGGAUCUGAUCUAGCAGGACAAAUCUUACCUUCUUUGCUCCCCCAGUUCUCCUUUCUGUGAUGUACAUCUGGGGAUGGCAGAGAAAUUAGAUUCCUUUUGCAUUUUAAUGAAAAACGACCCUAUUUGCCCUUCUCGAAUCAAGACACUAACACCUAUCCAUAGAAAUUUGCACUUCUCACGGUUAUGCACUGGACUUCUUCACACCAUUGUGCACAAAAAUAUAUUCAGUUAAAGUGUGCAUAAAAAUGAAUAUGUUAAUGACUCAAUCUUAGGGUCAUGGGUUUGAACCCCAUGUUGGGUGAAAGAUUUCUGCAUUGCAGGGGGUUGGAUUAGAUGACCCUCAUGGUCCCUUCCAACUCUACAGUUCUACGAUUCUAAACUUGGAAAUAUUUGAAACGGAGAGAAUCUGAACCUGACAAGCUCAUCCACCUCUUAACUCCCACAUAAGGAAAUGUCUCAGGCCUGUCCUGAGGGCUGGAUUAACCAUUAAGCAAAAUAAUCACCUGCUUGGGGCAUCAAGGGAAGCAGGUCACCACAGAACAUUUCCAUUGCCAGAUUUUUUAACAUUAAUGGCCACCAAUUGCUCAGCUCAGUUGAAACUGAGCUAUGCAACAAGGCAGUACUUCUCUAUGAAGUACAGAAGCGAACAUGUUACCUAAGGUUAGUUUUGAGGAUCUGAUCAAAGACUUGGCAAUUAGAAAAAGUAGGGGAAAUGUGUUCAAAUAAAGCAGAAGCAUACAAAAAUGAACAUUAUUUUCCAUCUUACUGUAGGUUUCAUUUCAUUUCGAAAAAUUUUAAAAAGGGUUAUUAUUUCGAAUUAGAUAUAUAUGGGGGCGCCAAAAUAUUUUAAGUGCUUAGGUCCUCUAAAGGUCUUACAGUGAUACCUCGGGUUAAGUACUUAAUUCAUUCCGGAGGUCCGUACUUAACCUGAAACUGUUCUUAACCUGAAGCACCACUUUAGCUAAUGGGGCCUCCUGCUGCCGCCGCGCCGCUGGAGCACGAUUUCUGUUCUCAUCCUGAAGCAAAGUUCUUAACCUGAAGCACUAUUUCUGGGUUAGUGGAGUCUGUAACCUGAAGCGUCUGUAACCUGAAGCGUAUGUAACCUGAGGUACCACUGUAAUUUGGUCCUGCCUGUCCCUUCUCUAAGCUUCUGGUUCUUUUUCCUCAUCUACAGAUCUGCUGGGCAACGGCUCCUCGGCCAACGGGCAGCCCUGGAUGGAGGAGCACAGGGAGGCCAGUCCCACGCCACCCUCAGAAAAAUUGGGGCAGUGGACAACGCUUUGCCUUGGUCGGGUGGUCGCCUGCCUGGGCCCUGCGGCCGUCCUUCUGUACUCUCUCAUGUUCCACCUGCUGUGGCCUCCUUGCCUGGGCAACGCAGCCUGCCUCAGCCACUGCCCCAGGUCAACCUGUUGGGCCUGGCAUACUGCGGAGGCACUGCAGUGGGGACGCGCCCCUUGCUGGCUGCUCUACCUGGACCCUGGGCUCGCCGUGGCUGUGUCGGUGGCCCUGCUGUGCUUGGCUUGGCCGGCGCUGCACAGCUCCGCUCUGGUCCUCAUGCAGGCCGCACCGGAAGAACUGGACCUGAGGCUGCUGGAGCUACAGCUGCGGGCCACGGAAGGCGUGGUGGCCGUGCGGGACCUCCGCGUCUGGCAGCUCGACGGGCCCAGCAGCUUAGUGGGCACGGCCCACGUGCACUGCCGGGACGUGGCCACGUGCGAGGCCGUGAUGGACAGGGUCCAGCGGGUGUUCUGCGAGCAUGGCGUUCACGCCGCCACGGUUCAACCAGAUCUCAGCAUUUGUCCGGGUGGCGGGUGGUGCGAGGGGGCGCCACGAAAGAGGUGCCUGGCCCCGUGCCCUGCCACGGUCAUGGAAUAUGAGACCACGGUGUGAGCUGAACAGAUGCACCACUUGGGG